AUGGAGGAUUUAGAGUUGCCUUUAAAGCCUGGUUCGGAACCGAUUCCCGAACUCGACAGCCAACUGGCUCUUGAUGCUGAAGGCAAUGAUUUGAACAAUCAUGAAUUGGCUCGUAUUUAUGAGCUAGAAGCUAAAUUGCCCUUAGAUUUCAAGCAAAUCGAUAAAUCACUUCGUCAAAUAACAGAUGAAAAGGAAAUAAACCGCAAAUCAGAGGAAGUGCAGAGUGAGAUCGAUCACAUGCUUAAUAGCUUGGGUCGCAUUCAAGCACCAAACCUACGUGCAGGUGACAAACUGGGAAGUGUUGAGCAGCGCUUGCGUUCCACAGAAGCCGAGUUCGAGGAGACGCGUCGCAAGGCUAAGCGUGCCAAGGCAAAGUUUGAGCAGAUCCGUCGAAUGCGCUUUAACGCAUUCAUGAAUUGCUUUAACUCUAUCGCCGAUAACAUUGAUCCUAUCUAUAAAAGCCUUUCAAGGAAUCCCGGUGCUCAGAAAGGUUUUUUUACUUAG